AUGGAAUCAACACAUUCAAUAAAUUCUUUUCCUAACAACCCUCAAGAGUUUGAUUCAGAUGAGAGGAUAUCCUUCUCCAAGCUAGACAAAAAAUUUAUUCUAGUUCAAGACGAUGGAACUGAGUAUGAAUUCGACGAAUCUCUCAAAAAAUGGAGACCGACGGUAGAUGAAGCACUUCUUGAAGCGCAACAAGCAGCCUAUCGGGUAGCUGGUGUGGACGAAAAUGAACCAGUCGAUAUAAAAUUAAAGAAACGCAAGACCGAGUACGUUAAUGGUGAGGGGGAAGGUGGACGCGCGUCAAAAAUCUCAAAAACAAGCAGAGCUCCUCUUCCGCCUCGGCCGAACACAGCCGUCUACGUGACAGGACUUCCAAGCGACGCAACGAUAGAAGAAGUGCAUGCAUUGUUUUCAAGGAAAUGCGGCGUUAUCGCCGAAGAAAUUGAUAGUGGGAAGCCUCGCAUCAAGCUCUACACUGAUGAGAAUGGAAUAUUCAAGGGUGACGCGCUUGUUGUAUUCUUCAAAGCUCCUUCAGUUGACAUGGCCAUCAUGCUUCUAGACGAUACUGAGUUCCGACUCGGAGAAAAGUCAGGAACGAAAAUUAAGGUACAGGCUGCUGACUCUAGCUACAAGAAAGUGCAGCCUAGUGCAGAAGGUGUAGCAAAAGACAAAAUAAACAACAAAGAAAAGCAGAAAAUUAUCAAAAAAACACAGAGGCUUGAUGCGCGCCUUGCGGAUUGGAGUGAUGAGGAAUCAUCGGCAUUUCCAGAAGUUGGGUCAAAACGAGACAAAGUCGUCAUACUUAAACACAUGUUUACUCUUGAUGAGCUAGCCGAAGAUUCUGCUGUUAUUCUCGAUAUCAAAGAAGAUAUUCGCGAAGAGUGUAGCAAGCUUGGUGAAGUGACAAACGUCGUGCUCUUCGACCUCGAGAAAGACGGUGUAGCUAGCGUUCGCUUCUCCAGUACAGAAGCUGCAGAAGCCUGCGUUAAUCUCAUGAAUGGAAGAAGUUUUGCUGGCCAGAAAGUUAUCGCCUAUCUCUCGGACGGAAAGGAACAGUUUCAAAAAUCGAAGAAAAAACAUGGGAAUGAUGAGUAA